GACCAAUACAGAACUCAAUUCCGGUGAUAACGACUACGCCUACAUUUUAUGCCUUCUCCUAAACUCAAAAACCACACAAACUCCCCUUUCUUCAUUUCAAUUUUCCAGAAAAUUUCACUCUCCUUUUCUCUCUCCUCCCUUAUUCUUCCUCUCCCCCUCAACAUUUAUUUCAAAUUCGUACAACAAACUACAUUCUCUUGUGAGUAUUACUGUUCCUAUUCAUUGUUUCCUCUAUUCUUUCAUUGAUCAUGAAAUUCUAAAUUAUUUUAUCAAUUUUAAUCAUACUUUAUAUGUUCAUCAAUUUGUAAUUCACUGCCUUUUGCUCUGUUUAUGCUCCUUGUACUUCAUUUCUAGCUUAUUGGAUUCCCGAUCUGGUCACAUUAUUUGUUCAAAUUACAUUAUCACUACAUUAUCUACGUUCUCUGUUUUUCAUAUUUUUCAAAUUCGAACAAGGAUUUUUGGUUGAACUUUUUUUUUUCCUUCCUCCAUAGCACAUCAAAUAUAUUGUUAUUCUAAUUGCAAUUUAUGAGUUCAAUCACGUUUGUGCAAAAUUUACUAAAAAAAAAAAUGAUGAGGAUGUUUUUAAUAGCGUCAUGGGAAGAAAAUGGGGAUUAGAGCAAACAGUUGGUAGUAUUGGAUUCACUGGUGUAUUAAAUGGUCCUGUUUCCUCGAGAUAUACAGUUUAACUCGAUGUUCUUUCUCUCGCCUAAAUUCAAGUCAUCAAUUUAUUGCUUUUUAUUUUUGCCAUUUGCUUUGAAUUUUCAACCAAAUAUUUUGUGGUCAUCUGUCUAUCAUGUUAUGUGACUUGUACAAGUUGUACUCGUGGUUCAAUAUUGCUAAAGUAGUAAACUUGUUAAGUUGAUGGAGACAUGGAGUGAACAAGGGUACGCCUAGCCAGCUUGUCACCUAAACAAUUUUUACUUCCUAGAAUAUUUAGGAUAACAAUAAUUAUCCUAGAUGAUAUAAUAUCGCAUGUAAUUAUAUGUGAAUUAUAUGAUAUAAGAUAAAAGUCUAUUUAAUUUGGAAAAUCUACACAGAGUAGGAUAUUUAUUUUGUAAUAUAAAUAAAGGCAUAUGAUCACAAUUAAUACUCAAUCAAUAAUAUUUUGUUAUACUAACUUCUUCUUGAAGAGGCCGAUAAUGAAGCGAUGGAAAACAGUUGACGAAAGUGGAGGUUUGUCAAUUCAGAUGGAUUUGCGGCGGCCAUCGUGUUGUAGUAAGCCGGCGUGGUUAAUGACCACUCUUUCUGAUAUGGAGCAGAAGAUAAGAAUGUUAGUCCAUAGGUCUAGUAAUGAAAAUGAUGAAGGCAAAGGAGACACAUUUGGUGAAAGAGCAGAGUGUUAUUACCAGGAACGACCCCAAUUGUUAUCUCUCCUCUUAGAUCUCUACAACGCCUACAUUUCGUUGGCGGAACGUUACUGUCAAUCUCUACACAAGCAUCACAAUUAUCAAUCUCAUUCUUCCUCUGACAAUACCACAACUGUUUCAUCAGAAGAUUUCCAAUCUGAUGCUGAAAGCUCACUUUCAUACCAAUUACCAUCAACUACAGCUAUUUCUCAUGAUGAGAUGAUAUCAGAGUUAGUCAUUAAAAAUGUGCAGUAUGAUCUAAUAGUUGAUGAGCUAUUGGUAAUGGAGAAACAAGUCAAUGAUUCUUCAAGAAAGAUAGAGUUGCAGAGGAGUCUACUGGAGGUACUAGAAUCCGAAAGGUUGAUUCUUCUGAAUGAAAAUGCAGGUUUAAGGUAUAAAGUAUGUGUUCUGAUCGACGAGAACAAAAGGUUAGCCUUAGAUUCAAUGUAUGUGUUAAAGAUGAGGGAGGAUCAUCGAGUCUGCAUGCUUAGCCGUAAAAUCGAGGACCUGCAGGGGAAGAUUUACUCUUUAGAGAAGAGGAACAGAGACUAUUAUCAGCAGCUUAUGCAUAAACAAGACAACAAACAAGAAGAUAAAGAAAUAAACAUUCCUAGAAAAGGUGUGAGAAUUUCUAGGUUUUGGGAUAAACUUAAGAAUUCUCAACUCUUAUUCCUUUGCAAACCACACCCAUCAAGGUCUGUUGUUAAUUAAGGAUAUUAUUAACUAGGCUACUACGGAGUAAGAGAUGCUGGUAAUUUCAUAUCGUUUAUUCUCAAUCAUUAAUUUUUACUUUCAUCAUAAAAAUAUAAUACAAUUCCAGUA